AUGGCCCGGCUGGCGUGGCGGUGGGCCCGUGCCAGUAGCCUCCUCACGGCCGGCCUCGACCCCAUCAUCCGGACCUCCUCUUCUUGGGCCUCCUCGUCCACGGGCCCCCGAUCGUGCACGGACAUGGGGCUCAUGGAGGCGAGGCUGGGCGACAUGGGGCUGGAGUUCGUCGCGGCGCGGGUGCGGGACGGCGAGACGGUGGUGGAGCAGCUCUUGUUCCACGACCCGGACGGCAAUGUGAUCGUGGUCUGCGACUGCGAGAAGCUCCCCGUGAUACCCCUCGACGAUGCGGGCGGCGCCGGGCUUCCCAGUCUGCUGCUGCCGGUGGAAACGAACGUGCAUGGCUAG